AGAAAAUAUCCGAUCCUUGACUAUGUGUGGCCAUGUUGGUUUUGAGAGUUUGCCUGAUCAGCUAGUCAAUAGAUCCAUUCAGCAAGGCUUCUGUUUUAAUAUUCUUUGUGUUGGGGAAACUGGCAUUGGAAAAUCCACACUGAUUAACACAUUGUUUAAUACUAAUUUUGAAGAACAUGAAGCCUCACAUUUUUGCCCAAAUGUUAGACUUAAAGCUCAGACAUAUGAACUCCAGGAAAGUAAUGUUCGGUUGAAACUGACCAUUGUGAAUACAGUGGGAUUUGGUGACCAAAUAAAUAAAGAAGAGAGCUACUUACCAAUAGUUGACUACAUAAAUGCUCAGUUUGAAGCCUAUCUCCAAGAAGAACUGAAGAUCAAGCGCUCUCUCUUCAACUACCAUGAUUCUCGCAUCCAUGUGUGCCUCUACUUCAUCGCUCCAACAGGCCACUCUCUGAAGACACUUGACCUCUUAACCAUGAAGAAUCUGGACAGCAAGGUGAACAUUAUUCCAGUGAUUGCCAAAGCAGAUACAAUUUCUAAAUCUGAAUUACAGAAAUUUAAGAUCAAGCUCAUGAGUGAAUUGGUCUGCAAUGGUGUCCAGAUAUACCAGUUCCCAACAGAUGAUGAUACUAUUGCAAAAAUCAAUGCUGCAAUGAAUGAGCAUUUACCAUUUGCUGUUGUAGGAAGUAUGGAUGAGGUAAAAGUUGGAAAUAAGAUGGUCAAAGCUCGUCAGUACCCUUGGGGUAUUGUACAAGUGGAAAAUGAAAACCACUGUGACUUUGUAAAGUUGCGAGAAAUGCUCAUUUGUACAAACAUGGAGGACCUACAGGAGCAGACUCAUACUAGGCACUAUGAGCUCUAUAGGCGUUGCAAACUGGAGGAAAUGGGCUUUACAGAUGUGGGCCCAGAGAACAAGCCAGUCAGUGUUCAAGAGACCUAUGAAGCCAAAAGACAUGAAUUGCAUGGUGAGCGUCAGAGAAAAGAAGAAGAAAUGAAGCAGAUGUUUGUGCAGCGAGUAAAGGAGAAAGAAGCCAUAUUGAAAGAAGCCGAAAGAGAGCUGCAUGCCAAAUUUGAGCACCUUAAAAGAAUUCACCAAGAAGAAAGACUAAAACUUGAAGAAAGGAGAAGAGCUUUGGAAGAAGAAAGGAUCCUUUUUUCUAAAAGGAAAUCUAGCUGUGACAUAUUCCUGAACCAAUCCUAUAUGGCAUCGGGUAGUAACAUAAAGAAGGACAAGGACCGUAAGAAUUCCAAUUUUAUGUAACACAGGAGUUCCAGAGCACAGAAGGUCAUCACAAGCAAAAGUAAAAAGUUAUAAGUAUGCUUUGAUUUUCUUGUUGUUUUUAUUUGCUUUUAUCACUAUAUGUGUUUGGCACAUGUCCACUGUUACUGACAUUUAUGGAAAAAUAUUUCAAGUAUAAGGUUGAUACAUAAGCCAGAGUAGAUGAUAUUAC